CAAAAACGGAAAACAUCUUUAUUUCAACAAUACAUAUAUUAAGGCGUAGGAAAAACUAAUAAGAGAGGAAAAGAGAAGAAGGAGCAAAAAGGUUUUGCCGAAGUUGAGAGAUCAAUCAAAGAUUUGAAGUUCCGAUGAAUUCAGGAGGUGGAAUCGUUGCUGCAGCAGCUCCUUCAAGCGGCGGUGGUAAUGUUGAAUGGCAUGUCCGACCACCGAACCCUAAAAACCCAGUUGUCUUCUUCGACGUCUCUAUUGGUGGUAUCCCCGCCGGUCGUAUCAAGAUGGAGCUCUUCGCCGACAUUGCUCCCAAAACCGCUGAAAACUUCAGGCAGUUCUGUACUGGUGAACUCAGAAAAGCUGGAAAGCCGCUUGGUUACAAAGAAUGUCAGUUUCACAGAGUCAUCAAAGAUUUUAUGGUUCAAAGUGGUGAUUUUCUUAAGAAUGAUGGUAGUGGAUGCAUGUCAAUCUACGGCCACAAGUUUGAGGAUGAGAAUUUUACUGCUAAACAUACUGGACCAGGAUUGCUCUCCAUGGCAAAUAGUGGGCCAAACACAAAUGGGUGCCAGUUCUUCAUCACUUGUGCAAAAUGCGAUUGGCUUGACAACAAGCAUGUUGUCUUUGGGAGAGUGCUUGGAGAUGGUUUGUUGGUUAUGCGGAAGAUUGAGAACGUGGCUAUUGGACCCAAUAACCGGCCUAAACUUGCGGUUGUAAUUACUGAGUGUGGGGAGAUGUGAAAUGUUUUCGAAUGUUAUGAGAGCCCAUAGCUUAUUAGUUUUAAACUUAGGCAUUGUGACAGAAGCCAAAUCCCAUUGUGGGUUAUCUAAAAUGUCAACUUCUUACGGCUUACAAAUACUACAGUUGAGGCUAUCUAUGGCCGUUAUGAUUGUAUUUUAACAAAAGCUAUUUGUCAGAUCAUGUUACUUUCAUUUUUAAAGCAGCAAUAACUUGAUGGUCUAAUGACUGAAGCAAAGCCUCUAAGGCUCUAGUA